CAUUGGGGCUCUGGGCAUGCGCAGAUCGGGCGGGAGGAGAGUCCCGCACGCGCAGAGGCCGCGUCACCCGCUGCUGGUGCCUGGGGCCGGGACCGGGUGGAGCAGGAGAGUUUGUGCCAGCUACAGAAUAACGUCCACGUUUUGCUCCAGAUCAUCCCAUCCUCCCAGGGGGAAGGCAAUGGUUGCAAUGGAACUGGCUCAGGAUCCAGUGACUUUUGAGGAGGUGUCUGUGUAUUUCACUAGGGAGGAAUGGGCUCUUCUGGACCCUGUUCAGAGAGCCCUCUACAGGGAAGUCAUGCAGGAGAACUAUGAGACGGUGACCUCGCUGGGGGCUGUGAACAGUGUGUCUGAGAUAGAGGUGGGACUUUGGGUGAUACUUGCAUGA